AAGUCCACUGGAGCAAGUCUUCCGGUCUCGCUUAGCAGCAUGGCGAACCUCGAGCAUAACGAAGACGAUCCAAAACAUGCGACAAUGUCCGGUGAAGCCCCCGCCGCCAGUGUCCAACUCCAAUCCGCCGGACUGUCCACCGCGCCGGGCAGAGAUGCGUAUGAGAUUCCGUGCAUGAUCCCGUCGUUUGCCGCCGCCUCUGAGCUGCUGUCAGCGCCGUACUCGUGUCUGGUCAUGAACACGCACCGCAGACACGUCGCUUUACCGCCCAUGUACCUGCACAAGAAGAGGACAGGUAUCCAGGGAGAGCUGGAGGCCGAGCUGCUCAAGUUCUCUGAGAGCCUGAAAGGCGUACCUUUAGCUUAUGACAACAUCAGGAUUGUGGGCCCGCACGGAAAUGUCUACGAUGACAGCAGCUACAUCCACAUGGACGUAGAAGCCAACUUUAUUGUGUUUCAACCCACAAACGGACAGAAAUUGCUGGGUAAGGUAAAUAAACUAGGAAUAAGCCACGUGGGCUGCCUGGUGCAUGGCUGUUUUAAUGCCAGCAUUCCCAAACCAAAUCCGAUCUCUGUUGAAACCUGGAGGGACGCAGGACCAAGGAUCGGAACAGAUCUGGAGUUUGAGGUGACUGCACUUGAUGCUGACACUGCUGGUGUGCUGCUGAUCAGAGGACAGCUGGAUAGAACCAGGCUCCAAGAGCUGAUGGCAGUAGAGGACUCUGAGACAUGUGUCCCUGCAGACCAGCCAGACACAGCAGACACGGAACCGAAUCCAGAAACUACAGAGGAGUCUCCUGAUGUAACCCCCAAGAAAAAGAAGAAGAAGAAGAAAGACAAAGUCAAAGAGGACCAGACAGAAGAUGAGCUAACACCAUCCUGCCAACAGGACAGCAUCGCCACACCAGAGCUAAAUGAAACAAUGAUAGAGGCAAACGGCAAUGAAGUGGGUGAGAAAAAGAAGAAGAAAAAGAAGGAGGAACAUCUGAAAGAGGAAGAGGAAAUUGAGCUCUCCACCAUGGACAUCCACGGGAGCGACUCCAGUGGCUACCUCAGUGAUAAGCAAAGCAAAAAGAGGAAGCAUGCAACAGAUAGUGAUGUCACGUCUGGUUUUAGUGAAGAUCCCGAGCCACCAAAGUCCAAGAAGAAGAGGAAAAGUGAUAUACAGCAGUUUGCCUGAAAACAGAUUGUGUUUGAAAAUCAGGUUCAUUGUGUUAAAUAAUUGUGGUGUUAUCAACCAUGGUCAUUACAGUGAAAUAUACAAUGGUGCCUUAUCAAGAAAACACACUUUUAGUGAACGAGGUUGAGUAGUAGUGCAUUGACUUAAGUAGUUUUGGAGCUUGUGCCUAAGAAAAGGACAGGUACAGACUUGUCAGACCAGUUCAUCGACACUGGGAAACAAAAAUCCAGGAAUGGCACACAGUCAAUUUUCUGACCAGUGAAAUAUGCAAGACAACCAAUACUGCCAAACUCAAAGAAAACUGUUGUCUGCAAAGUCUGCACUAAGGGAUUUGUUAAUGUGUCAGUUUUUGACUGAAACAGAUUAAAGAUUCAAAUAUUUUGA